UAUCACUCAAAGUCUUCUUUUGUUCGUGUUAGGCGCUGUUUUUGCACAAUGCAAUAUUUUAAUGUGAGAGUUUCGUUUAUGAUUAAUUACUUUGAUGAAAAUAACCUGUUAAGACGUAUUCAGUUACUGGAUACUGUAAGUCUUUAGGACUCACUCUCUCCCUCUCCACACUAACCACUGAACCACCACACACACACACACACACACGCGCGCGCGGCCUGCUCCUUUAAGGGCCAUUUGAGAGAUAUGAGUCAACUGAAGGAGGGUGGCGCUUACACGAAUUUGACAGUGACUGGCCAUGUGAACACAACCACAAGGACUCUGGACCAACGGGACAUUAACAGACGCGUCUCUCUCUCUGACUGGAAUCUAGUUUUUGUGUGAUCCCGAUGUGCGGAAUUAUUAAGGUUUUUAUCUGGGAAGACUGGUAAAGUUGACAGCGCAAUAAACACUUUAUAUAUAUAUAUGAAUACAUAUCGAGUUCAGUGUUAAGAAGUUGUGCGGUCUACAAAUGCAUUUGGUUUUAAAAGCUACACCAUAGUGUAAACUGUGUGGAGUCCUUCCAAGGGCUUGCGCGCCCUGGGCGGCCCAGAGACGCACCGGAGCGCCCCCGCCGCUCCACGGAGCAGUGACCGCAGGGCAGCCGGAGUCAUCCGCGUUACUCUCGGUGAACUACUCACGCUCUCCCCUCCCGAGCCACCGGCCGGUCGCGACGAGCCGGUGACACCAUGCUGCAGAAUGGAAACGGCAAGGAGCCGCCGCCGCGCGCGCCAAGGGCGGAGGCAGAGCCGGACUCGCCGGACGAAGACCCCCGGCAGCGGCCGCAGCGGCCUGAUCUCCCCGCCGCUGACACCGAGUCCUCUCGCUUCCCCAUGCCCGCCUGCGGCAAACUGGAGAUCAAGCGCCACGCGGUGACCGACGAUUACAAAAUCUCCAGCCAGGUCCUGGGCUUAGGGAUCAAUGGCAAAGUGCUCGAGUGCUUCAACAAGAAGACCGGAGAGAAGUGCGCACUGAAGAUUCUGUACGACAGCCCCAAAGCCAGACGAGAAGUGGAGCUCCACUGGCGAGUCUCAGGAGGACCGUACAUCGUCCGCAUCCUCAACCUGUACGAGAACAUGCAUCAUGGGAAGAAAUGCCUGCUCAUCGUCAUGGAGUGUAUGGAGGGAGGAGAGCUGUUCAGCCGAAUCCAGGUCAGAGGAGACCAAGCCUUCACUGAGAAAGAGGCAUCCGAGAUCAUGAGGGACAUUGGCACAGCCAUCCAUUUUCUCCAUGACAUUAACAUCGCGCACAGAGACAUCAAGCCAGAGAACUUGCUGUACACCAUGAAAGAGAAAAAAGGGGUCCUCAAACUGACAGACUUUGGCUUCGCUAAGGAGACCACGCUACACAACCCCCUACAGACCCCCUGUUACACACCGUACUAUGUGGCACCUGAGGUUUUGGGCCCAGAGAAAUAUGACAAGUCAUGCGACAUGUGGUCUCUGGGUGUCAUCAUGUACAUCCUGUUGUGCGGCUUUCCUCCAUUUUACUCCAACACGGGCCAGGCCAUUUCCCCGGGGAUGAAGACGAGGAUCAGGAUGGGCCAGUACGAGUUCCCCAACCCAGAGUGGGCGGAGGUGUCACAGGAAGGAAAAGAUUUGAUCCACCAGCUACUGAAGACGGACCCUAAUGAGAGAAUGACCAUCGCUCAGUUUAUGAACCACCCCUGGAUCAAUAAGUCUAUGGUGGUUCCCUCCACUCCGCUCCACACCACCCGGGUCCUGACUGAAGACAGAGAGAUGUGGGAGGAUGUGAAGGAAGAGAUGACCAGCGCUUUGGCGACCAUGCGUGUUGACUACGACCAGGUGAAGAUUAAGGAUCUCGACACUUCGAACAACCGCCUGCUCAACAAGCGGCGUAAGAAGGCCGCGGACGGGGCCAAGGGCGGCUCCACUGUCUGCCAAAGUCAGUGAGACAUGGACGGACGUUCGGCCAUUAACGGGAAAAACCACACAGAGCAGUUUCUUCAAUGGUGAAGAAAAGACGGCCAGAAGAUUCUGAUAUGUGCGGGAGAGGAUGUUUUAGAGAGCUGCUCGGGACUCUUGGGGGACGGAAGGCGGAGGACGCGUUCUCUGAAAUUAAAGGACUACAUAGGAACAACAGCAAUGUCAAACUUGAACUUAUAUUGGUCAUAUCAAGACGUGAUGUCGCCUGUGAUAGAAACCUGCUGUUUUUAAUUCUUUUAUGUUUGUAUGUGAUUUCUUUUUUAAAAAUCCUGGCUGCAGACAUCAAGUAUCAUCAAAAAUUUGUAGUGAUUAUAUUUUGUGCACUUGAACACAUUGCAUGUUCGAGGCCUCCUUUGUAGUCAAUGCAUCAGGGUACAGAUCACACACACACACACACACACACACACACAAACAAACAGUGGACAGACUGUGAAACCACAACUCUGUCUAAUGUUACCCAUGCUGUCAUUUGCUGUUUCCUUUCAGGGAUUAAAAAGUCUGACGCCAAUUGUCUUGUCAAUAAAACGUAGCCUUCACACUGA